CUCCCUGACUCCGCUCCAGCCCCACGCCACCAUGUGCCAGUCCAGCUGCUCCACGGGCUGCCAGCCGGCCUGCUGCGUGCCCAGCUCCUGCCAGCCGGCCUGCUAUGUGCUCAGCCCCUGCCAGACGUCCUGCUGUGUGCCCAGCCCCUGCCAGACGUCCUGCUGCAUGUCCAGCCCCUGCCAGACGUCCUGCUGUGUGCCCAGCUCCUGCCAGACGUCCUGCUGUGUGCCCAUGAGCUGCAAGCCAGCCGUGUGUGUGCCCAUGAGCUGCAAGCCAGCCGUGUGUGUGCCCAUGAGCUGCAAGCCAGCCGUGUGCCUGCCUGUGAGCUGCAAGCCCAUUGUGUAUGUGGCUCCCUCCUGCCAGUCCUCUGGGGGCUGCCAGCCCUCCUGCUCCACCCUGCUCUGCAGACCUGUCCCCUGCGGCACCCCUACCUGCUGCUGA